AUGAUGGAUUAUGACGAAGAAGUUAUUAUUAAGCUUCAUGACACGUACACCAACACAAACAACGCCAUGAACGAGGUGGCUCAAAAUAAAGUGACUUCCUUAUCUGAUAACGCAGCAGAUAUUAAUAUGAUCGUGACACAACAAAACAACGUUUUAUCUGACACAUAUAACAAAGUUUCUUUUAGCGAAUGGGUGGGUUUUAUGCAGGAUUUCGGAGCGAGUCACGGGUUCAUUAAUGCUUACAAUGUCAAUUUUGGCAUACAGGGAGAGGAAGACGGUGAUUUCGAAAUUGAUGAAGAUUUUGUUCGGGUGGUACAACCACAGACGUUGCAAGAUGACGCGUUGAAACAUCAUCAAGAAUUUAUGGACGAGGAUUGCGAUACUCGGACAGAAGUGGAGGAAACUAUAACUUCAGAACAAGUUCAGCCUGUCGAAGGUAAAAAUGAUGAGAACAAACGAGAGAUACCUUAUGAUAAUUCGACGAAAGAAAUCGAAAAUAUGGAUCAGAGUUCAUCUGCUCAAGUUAGUGAGGUAUCUGUCCAACCUGUUUUGAUUGUUCAAAAAGACAUUUCAAUUCCCGUCACUAAAUACAAACAGUCUGAGAAGGGCAAAAAAAAGGGGACGAGAAAGACUCCCGUACGAAAGAAGACCAAAGCCGAUACCGAACCUAGUCAAUUUACGAACGAUCAAAAGCACUCUGCCGAUGAGUACAGUGACAUUGACUCCUCUAAGGAUACUACAGAAGACGCCGACCUAACUCCAUCGAUAACAAAGUCUGGCAGAAAAGUUCAAAAACCUAUUUUCUAUAAUCCGGCCAAGUCUGAGCGGAAAGUUAAGCCGUCCGAGGUAUCGAACGAACAACAAAAAAUAUUGGUCGAGUCUAAGAAGACUCCAGUAAAGAGAACGGCGGAAAGACGUCAACAUAAGACGGCCAGAAGCACGCAGAACAAAGCAUAUGAUGCGUUAAUGAGAGUGGAUCAUGCUAUGACUCCAACGCCAAUUGUUCCCAAGAGUGUGCAGCAAAGUCCACUAGAAAAUAUUCAAGUAUUUAAUCAAUACAUAGAUUCUCGCGAUCAGCCUAACCUAGCUUUCUUCAGUGAAGAACUAGAGAGUGAUGAUAGUAUGGUUUGCAAUAUUUGUCAAGAAGGUUUAUCUGAAAAAGGAAAUUGGAUUAUUUUAUGUGACAAUUGUGAUACACCCUACCAUCAAAUAUGUCAUAAGCCGGUUAUCAGUGAUGAAUUUGCUGAUUCUGAGAAAGAAUGGAAAUGUCUUAAUUGCGUAGACUGUCCAAGUGCAAACAAACGCGCGAGGAUCGACAAGCGAAAUCUUACGGGAAAGUCCCGUGGGAGACCAAAGAAUGAAAAGUCAAGCAUAAUAUUAGGGAGUGAUUCCACCGAGAUUUCCAAAGAACACCUCGGUGAAUCAAUGACAUCAGCAAAUCGGGUUGGUUCAGCUUCAAAAUUACUAACCUAUAAGCAAAUAGAAAUACUGUUGACGCGAGAACAGAAAAUCGAAUAUUUUUCUUCUUUACCAAAAGAAGUUUUGGUUAACCUGUUGCUCUUAGCGGAACAAAUUGCGCCCAAUAUACCGUUAUAUCCGGCAAAUAUCUUACAAAAGUAUAGAGAUGUUAACGCGUCAAAAUAUGGAAAAUCAAAGUCAAACCUUCAGGCGAAGACAGAGGUAGCGGUGGAGGAAUCAAAUGUACAUAUGGACACUUCAGAAUCAUCAGCUCAACACGAAGUGGGUGAGGAUUCUAUCAUUCCGAAGAGAGAAACUCCGGAAGUCAUGACUCCUGAACCCACUGUAAGUUCCUUACCCAGUGCGAAUGUUCCAAAAAAAUAUUUUGCUUUUUAUGUUGAUAUUUUCAUAAAAGCAAUCACGGUGAUGAAUCAACCAAAUGGAAGUUCUGCACACAGUAUUUACAGUUGGAUAAAAAGUAAUUAUGUUGUUCCUGAAAAAUUUCAAAAUCACGCGAAAAAGCAUCUCUUCGAUGCCGUUGCACAAGGAAUCAUAGUAAAAAACACCAAAAUGACAUACAAAAUUAAUACUUCUUAUCCUUACGUUCCAUCAAAGGAUACUGGUGAAAACCCUUUCAAACCUUUAAAUUCAGCUAACUGCGAGGCAUCAACACAAAACAAUCAAAUAACCAAGGCUAACCUGGAUGUAAUUUUGGAUCAAAGUAAUACGACAAUUUUGAACAAUAUCGAUGGGGUUAAGGGUCAGGGCAGACAAAUGAAUUCGGAAAACCAGGAGAGAAAUCCGCAUGGUGGUCAACUGAUCCUUGCUCUUCGGGAGGGAAAUUCCAGUCACGAUAUUCAGUCAACUUUAACUAACUGUGAAAGAAGUCAGAGUUGCCAAUUGACACCAAACUGUCGUCAGAGAAGUCUUAACCAGAGCGGUCAACCUCCUAAUCAACCGAUUCUGGAACAGAAACCCAUUGACGUGAUCGAUCAAGUAUAUCAGCGAGAAUCGUCUCAACAGAUGCUGUCCACAUCAAAACCUGAGCAUAGAGAUUCUUUGAUAAACAACAAUACCGUGAAUACGUCGACCAUUCAAAAUCAAAAUCAAAAUAUCAAUUUUACGAGGCAAGAACAAAUACUUAAAAAUCCUAGAAACCCAGUUCCCAUUUCAUCGAUCAUGCAUGGAAAUAUUGCACCGCGUCCCAGUCGGAUUCGCCCACCAAACUCUUUUAUGACGAAUCAGUAUUUGACGGUACCCCGGCAAAACAUUAAUCAAGGACUAAACAAUUUCUCUCUUUCAAAUCAAUCGCUAUCUAUGCUGAAUAGUGGGAUAGGUUCUCAAACAAUACUUCCACCGAUCAACCCUCAGCAGCAGCAACAACAGCAACAUUGGCCCACUUCAUUCAACCCGUUCUACAUGAUUCCGAACACGAAUGAUAGUCAAUUUGGAUUAAUGCAUUCCACCUACCCUACCUAUGGCCAGAGUCAACAAGCCGCGAGCUACCGAGGUCAUAAUGGAAUGCAAAAUAAUGGUUCUUUAAUGAACGGAAAUCAUAAUGGACAAAACAUCAACGGUUCUGUAAACUCAUCUUUACAAGAAAUGGGCUAG